AAUCUUGAUCCGUCGUCGCUUCGUGCUGGUCGAUACGCUUUCUUCUUCCUUUUGUUUUUGGUGGGUUUUUAGCCGAUUUGUACCCGUCGAUUACGGUGUUCUUGGCGUACUGGUGAUCGGUUUUGGGUUGUUGGGGGGGUUCUUGCUGUGUGAAUCUAUCUUCUUGAUGGCUGAUUGUCACCGGCCGAUCCAUCUUGAAGUUUCCCCUCGAUGCUCCGGUCCAGCCGGCGUGAAGUGAUUGAUUUCGGCAAAUCUUGGAACAGUUUGCUGUGUAAAAUCCAGUAGUUUAAUGUUUGGAAUUUCAUACGGAGAGCUAUUUCUUAUUCUAGGGGCUACAGCAGCCCUUAUCGGCCCAAAGGAUCUCCCAGUUAUUGCUAGGACGGCUGGGAGACUCGCAGGAAGAGCGAUUGGGUAUGUUCAAUUGGCUCGUGGGCAGUUUGAAACAGUUGUGCAGCAAUCUCAGGCUAACAAGGUACACAAAGAACUACAAGACACCAUUGCUCAAUUAGAAGCAAUUCGUUAUGAAAUACGUAGCAUAUCAAUCAUAAACCCAGGUCCAUUUACACGGAGGCUGGAUGGACAAGAACAAGUGCAAAACACUGGCCUUGACAUUGCUGCAAAACCUGAUGGAGAGAAUCAGCCAAUAGCAACAAUCUCUAAGGAUCUGACUAGAGCAAAUUCAGUUUCUUCCAGUCUGCAUAGCCAAGCAAUGGCUUAUGCGAGGCUAGCUGAAGCUCCAAAUAUCAAAUUAAGUUCUUCUGAAACUCAUGAAGAUGUGUUGAAACUUAAUGGUGAAGGCGAUCUGCUGACUGUUCUGCCUGUCUCUGCUGAAUCUGCGGGAUUACUUCCAAAGCAUCGUGAUGAAGAAGCAAAAGGUUGCGAUAUUCUGCUAGAAGCAGUGGUGGAGGCAGAGGUGGCACGCAAUGCCAAAGACUUCUUUGCACAACCACAGAAUCAAAUACCUAAUCAGUGAAAUGUGGUUUGCGUGACAGCAGGUACACGGACUUCCUUUGCGGUUCAAGUAUGAGUUGACCCUUCAGCUCAGCUCAG